UGCGUGUUUCUCAGUGAUGCGCGUGCACGUGGUAGAGUCUCGCGCUUUGGGGAACGUGUGCUGAUUGUGUUUAUCGCUAUUCAGUAUUAAAAAGCGUCUGGUAUCUUGUUCAUUAUUAAUUUAUAGCCAUUUGUUUUAGAUCCUUAUCGAAAGACGGGAACUUGUUUAUUUUUAUUAUUUAAUUUGUUAACUAGUCCGGCGAGGAGUCUAAACGACACGAGUUUCACCUCAAGGACCUGCUUCUUUCUCUGCAAUGGCCAGAUGUCUGUGGAGAUAUCGCUUCCGGCUCCUGCUCUGCAUAUGUACACCAUGUCUACUACUUGGAUGCCUUUUCAUCUACAUAAGUGUGGCUAUAAGCUUAGCCAUGACUCACACCUACCCAUCGAAUGGGCAAAUGAUCAGCUCAGGUCUACCAGAUUUGUUUAUAGCUAGCGGGACAUCUAAUGACAGCAUGUUAGCCCCCUACCCAGUUCAGCCCUUUUGGAGUCAGCACCUGGACAGAGCUGCAUUUUGGAACAUGAUCCAACAAGUCAAGGACCGCCAACAUAACCCCAUCCUUCAAGCCUCAGGAAACAUUUUUCUUAAAGAUAACAUCACGUCAUUAAACCAAAAUGGGUGUUUUCAAUACGAUGAUGCAAUGAGCAGAGGGUCAGAUUAUUUCACUCUGCCACAUCCGAUUAAGAGGUUUGUAAGUUCAAUGUACUGUAGAGUUUACCCACUGCUCAUUGACCAACCAGGAUUGUGUGCCAAAACGGAAGAGGCUCCAAUGUUGCUGCUGGCAAUUAAGUCAACAGUGCUUAACUUCAAGAACCGUCAAGCCAUAAGGAGGACAUGGGGGUAUUCAGGACUUCUGAAGGGGCAGGUGGGGAAAGGAGGACUAGUGCGCCGGGUUUUCCUCUUGGGCAAGGUUGAUAAAGAGUUAAGUAAAGGUAUUGAAAAAGAGAGUGAAAAGUAUGGUGACAUUAUAAUGUGGGACUUCAUAGACACUUUCUUUAACCUGACGCUGAAGGAUGUACUGUUCUGGGACUGGUUCUCAAAGCGCUGUCAGAAUGCUCGUUUUGUUUUCAAGGGUGAUGACGAUGUCUUCGUGAGGACACCUGCUCUUCUAGACUACUUGCAAGAAGAAACACUUCACCGAACAAGAAAUGGUAGCAGACAGAAAUUGGACGAGUUUGUUGUUGGGGACAUUAUCGCCUCUGCACUCCCUUUGCACACAGAAGACAGUAAGUAUUUCAUCCCUGAAAGUUUCUAUAAGGGUAUGUACCCGACAUAUCCAGGUGGAGGAGGGGUAGUCUACUCAGGUGCACUGGUUCCCAGGCUUCUCCAGGUGUCCAGAAGAAUUCAUCUGUUCCCUAUCGAUGAUGUUUACCUGGGAAUGUGCCUUCAAAGGCUGGGGAUCAUCCCAAUCGACCACCCAGCCUUCCUCACUUUUGACUUUAAUGCUGAAGAAGCAAAGGACCCCUGCGCCCACCACACGAUCCUGCUGGUCCACAAACGCAGUCCAAGAGAAAUGUUAAAACUAUGGUCACAAAUCUUAAAACCAAGCAUCCAAUGUAGAAACGUAACCCUUAGGAAUGAAAGAACAAAUUAAGCCACUUUUAAUAUGAAUGCAAAACCAGGAUUGGAUUUUACUGACAUGGGAAGGGACUACUGACUGCUCUCAAAGCCUUGCAAAGACAUUUGUGGUUUAACAGGUUUUGAGAAGAAGCAUUUCUCCCUUGACUACAUUCAUGAGUGAUGUGAAGUAGACGGCGAACACUAAUGUCAGAAAAAACGGUAAAUGAUUCUGUAUUGUAACCCUGAAUACCAGAAAUGACAACUUUUGUAACUCUGAACCUUUAAAUAGUUCCCUUAUAACUGCUGGUAUAUACAGUUGUAGUGUCAGCUCAAACAUUAAGUAUUACAACAUCUUUACUGUAAGUGAUAAAAGACACUGCUUUAGUGAGUGAGUCUGAGGAUUGGGUGUGUACCGGUAAGAACGGGGAAACUUUACAUUACAAUGAUUAUGCUUCUUUUGGUCACAGACAACACCUGUUUUGUUUUGUAUACUUGUCACCAUUUGACCUAAUGCAAGUAUUUAAACACAAGGUAGCUUAUUUAAACAGACAAUGGACAUAAAAUGUUUAAUUAUCAGUUAAU